AACAGAAUGCCACAUAAAGCAGUCAGACAAUGUUCUAACUGGAGCGACAUGUGAGAUCCGAUACUUUUUGUCUUCGUCAUGAAAACACGGAACUAGUCCCGGUUCCAGGGUACGGCAUGGCAACGGAACCAGGGAGGAACCAGAUGAACCCAUGAAAACAGACUGAGCCUCGGAGCUGCAUCAGUCUGGACAUCAGGAUGAAGGCCCCUAACUCCUCCUCCUCCUCCUCCUCCUUACUGGGCAGAGCUGCCUCUCUGGAGGCCUCUUCAUCAUUUUCUCUCUGCAGGUUUUCCACAGAUCCUCUGAAAUGUCCAGGAGCCUUCUGGGACAUUUAUGGACGGAGAACAGACACCGACAGCAGAAUUUACGGCUUUCCGGGCAGACCCUGAACGCAGCACGGGAACUCUCCGGUAGCUGGAGUGGGGGGGCUGCUCCUCCGACCCGGAACUGCUCCUCUGACACGCGCACGCGCACAGAGAGGACGCCCCCCUCAUCGUUUCAGCGGACACUCAGCGCGCUGUGCGGGCUGAACCCUACCGAACCGAACCGAACCGAACCGGAGCAGGACAGCAUCAUGACCCUGCAGCUCCCCCCCUGCGUGAUAGACUGCGGGACCGGGUACACCAAGAUCGGCUAUGCAGGAAACACGGAGCCACAGUUCAUCAUGCCCUCCUGCAUCGCCAUCAAGGAGUCGGCCAGUGUUGGAGAGCAGGCUCAGAGGAGACUUGUCCGAGGAGUAGACGACCUUGACUUCUACAUCGGAGAUGAAGCCAUCGACAAACCCAACUAUGCUACCAAGUGGCCCAUCCGUCAUGGGAUGGUGGAAGACUGGGAUCUGAUGGAGAAGUUCAUGGAGCAGGUCAUCUUCAAGUACCUGAGAGCUGAACCUGAGGACCACAGUUUUCUGAUGACAGAGCCACCGCUCAACACUCCUGAAAACAGAGAGUACUUGGCUGAGAUCAUGUUCGAGACAUUCAACAUACCCGGCCUCUACAUCGCAGUGCAGGCGGUGCUGGCAUUGGCGGCGUCCUGGACGUCCCGGCAGGUUGGACAGAGGACCCUGACCGGCAUCGUAAUCGACAGCGGAGACGGGGUGACCCACGCCAUUCCUGUGGCUGAGGGCUACGUGAUUGGCAGCUGUAUAAAACACAUCCCUAUAGCGGGGCGGGACAUUACCUUCUUCAUCCAGCAGCUGCUCAGAGACCGAGAGGUGGGGAUUCCUCCGGAACAGUCGCUGGAGACCUCCAAGGCCAUCAAGGAGCGAUACUGCUACAUCUGUCCCGACAUAGUGAAGGAGUUCACAAAGUACGACUCGGAUCCUGGGAAGUGGAUCAAACAGUACAGAGGAAUCAAUGCAGUCACUAAGACCCCCUUCCACAUCGACGUGGGAUAUGAACGCUUCCUUGGACCAGAAAUCUUCUUCCACCCUGAGUUUGCUAACCCAGACUUCAUGCAGCCGAUUUCUGAUGUUGUUGAUGAGGUCAUUCAGAGCUGUCCAAUCGAUGUGAGGAGGCCGCUUUAUAAGAACGUCGUGCUCUCUGGAGGCUCCACCAUGUUCAGAGACUUUGGGCGGCGGCUGCAGAGAGACCUGAAGAGGGUGGUGGACGCCCGGCUGAAGCUGAGCGAAGAGCUGAGUGCAGGAAGGAUAAAGCCAAAGCCUAUGGAGGUUCAGGUUGUGACCCAUCACAUGCAGCGUUAUGCUGUCUGGUUUGGAGGCUCCAUGCUGGCGUCCACGCCCGAGUUCUUCCAGGUCUGUCACUCCAAGAAGGACUACGAUGAGAUCGGGCCGAGCAUCUGUCGACACAACCCCGUCUUCGGCAUCAUGUCCUGAUGGGCCGCCAGCACUCUGCUCAUCAGCAGCCACCUAGCUGUUAGCUCCCUGUUUCCUGCUCAGGUUUAACCAGGCUGUUAGCAUGCUAACGCUCUCAUACAGAAGUCUGCAGAAAGGAAAGCACAAUGUUAGCCAAAAUGGAUAUUUGAGAACUUUGCUGCUCAGAGAUGUAGUUUUAUUUAACAUAGAGAUACCUGCUGGCAGCUGUUAGCCAUGCUGCAGCUCCUGCUUUGGUUUCCUCACGCUCUUUGCUUUAUUAGUCCAGUCCAUCAUGUCCACUCAAGUGUGUAAAUGUGGUCACAGCUGCUGUCUGCUGAGGUUUCAGGCAUCUCAGCAUCUAACAGCAUCUAACAGUUUACUGUUAAAUGCUGCAGGUUGAUCACAAGUGGUACCCUUUUCCCUCUUUCUGCUGAUUCUCUGUCAUUGGUCACCUUUCAGGCUGUCUACAGACCUCCAGGCGUUUUAUAAACUUCCAGGCUUAGCCCAACCCACUCUGCUCGGCAGUAAUGUUGUUUCACAGAGUAAUUUGUUGUCAUGAUCUGACUCAGGGUAGCCGCUUCUGAGCUUUCUGAAACGGAAACGCCAGGGUCUGCAGGAGUUUACCCCAGAAGUUACUCUGGAUGUGCACUAACCCGGCUUUCUGAACCGGGCCGGUCUCAUCAGACCUCCAGUCUGCUGACUGAGCUGAAGUCCACAGACCUCCUCCACAUGUCCCUUCCUCUCUGAUCAUACUGCUGGCUGCCAUGAUCCUCCCUAAAAGAGAUGCGGACCCUCAGUGUUUCACUCACAUAAUGAGGACCAUCAGCUCUGUGUGUGAGAGACAGGUAAAUUGUUUUCUAUUUAACUUCUGGCUUAACUGGAACACCUCCAUCUACGUCACACCAGGGUUCUGCUAUGUGUGUGCCACCAGGUGGCGCUGUCAGCCAGGUCACAAGGGGUGAUGGCUCCCCUCUUCCUCAUCAGUGUGUAGAUAUUUUCUCACUGACAGGCUGUGAUGUUUCUGCAUGCAGAAGAACCAGAACCAUCACCACCAGAGAAGUUUGGAGCGCAAAUUAAAGGGACAGUACAUGUUUGAGCAACUGCAGUUAUUGUUUUUUAUUUAUAUUUAUUAGUUUAUUCAUCAGAAACAAGAUUGUGUGUGCUGUGUUUCUGCUUCACCUUCCCAGACUCAUUAUAUUUGUAAAGAAAUUAAAGACGACCUAUAAGAUAAAUGUGUUCAAUAAAACUCCAACACACUCA